UCGUACAUGAGCGCAUGCGGAUUUCUUUCCUCAUCAAGUGAGCCGAAGGAACGGAACGCUCCCUCGUGCGUGGCGCACGAGAUCGGUAAACAUGGUGCUUUUACACGUGUUGUUCGAGCAUGCAGCUGGAUAUGCGUUAUUCGCUGUUAAAGAAGUGGAGGACAUUGGGAUGCUUCUACCUCAGGUGGAGCAAAGUGUCCUAAACCUUGGCAAAUUCAGUAGCGUGAUCAAACUGAGUGCAUUCUUCCCCUUUAAAUCCGCCCAGGGUGCACUGGAAAACAUCAAUGCCGUCUCAGAAGGAGUUGUCCAUGCGGAUCUCAAGUUGUUCUUGGAGACCAACCUUCCGUCCGGAGGUAAAAAGAAGGCAAUGUUGGGGGUUUCGGAUGCUAAACUUGGGGCGGCGCUUCAAGAAGAGCUCAAUCUGUCCAUUCAGACUGGAGGCGUUGUAGCUGAAAUCAUAAGAGGUGUGCGUCUGCACUUCCAUUCCCUGGUCAAGGGACUCACCGCUCAGGCUGCGUCCAAAGCUCAGCUGGGUUUGGGUCACAGCUACUCCAGAGCCAAAGUCAAGUUCAAUGUCAACAGGGCAGACAACAUGAUCAUCCAGUCCAUCGCCCUCCUCGAUCAGCUGGACAAAGACAUCAACACAUUCUCCAUGCGUGUGCGUGAAUGGUACGGCUACCACUUCCCAGAACUGAUAAAGAUAGUGAACGAUAACAGUAUGUACUGUAAGCUGGCCAAGUUGAUCGGGAACAGGAAGGAACUGACUGAGGAGAUGCUGCAAGCUAUAGAGGAGAUCACAAUGGACAGUGGCAAAGCUCAGGCUAUCCUCGAUGCGUCCCGCAGCUCUAUGGGUAUGGAUAUCUCUCCUAUUGACUUGAUCAACAUUGAGAGUUUCUCCUGCCGUGUAGUGUCUCUCACAACGUACAGACAGGGACUGCAAGAGUAUUUGCGGUCUAAAAUGGGCCAGGUGGCGCCAAAUCUCGCGGCUCUCAUUGGUGAAGUGGUUGGUGCUCGUCUAAUCUCUCAUGCCGGCAGUCUGACAAACCUAGCCAAAUAUCCGGCCUCCACCGUGCAGAUUCUGGGGGCAGAGAAGGCCCUGUUCAGGGCGCUGAAGACCAGAGGAAACACGCCAAAGUACGGUCUCAUUUUCCAUUCAACGUUCAUCGGGCGUGCAGCUGCCAAGAACAAGGGUCGUAUCUCUCGUUACCUGGCCAACAAGUGUACCAUUGCAUCACGCAUUGACUGCUUUUCUGAGGUUCCCACCAGUGUGUUCGGUGACAAGCUGCGUGACCAGGUCGAAGAACGUCUGGCAUUCUAUGAGACGGGAGACGCGCCACGUAAGAACCUGGACGUCAUGAAAGAAGCUGUUGCACAGGCUAGUGAGGUAGCUGCCGCAAUCCAGCGUAAGCUCGAAAAGAAGGAAAAGAAGAAAAAGAAGCGUGAGAAAAGGAAACUAGAAGCACUCUCCACAGCUGAAGGAGAUGAAGAGGAAAAAGCCAACGGCGAGGCUGAGGUACAUGAAAACGGGGACAUCAUAAAGAAGAAAAAUAAAAAGAAGCAGGCUGCUGAGGAGGACGAGGAGGUCUUGACGAACUGUGUUGAUGAGGCCACACCUUCCAAGAAGAAAAAGAAGAGGAAGAUUAACGCUGUGGAGGCGGAGCCUGAGGUGACUGAGGAGGCUGAUGCUAUACAGGCAGAGAAGAAAAAGAAAAAGAAGAAAAAAAAGACUGAGGAGGAUGAAUAAACUCAUUCCUUCUCAAUGAACUUAUGAACUCUGUACAGUUUUAUUUUUAGUUUCAAUUCUAAGUGUUGGACUUGUGGUCAAGAUGUUUGUGAGCCGAGUGCAAGAAAAGCAAUGCAUUGAGAGCUGUCACGUGUUUUGUUUCUUUCAUACAAUCUUGCUUUUAUUUCCUGUCAUUCUCAAAGCACCUUUCUGAAACAUGGUUCAUUUAUGUGCCUUGCUCUAAUAAAAUGACAGCCCUUUGACAUCAAUGAAAAGACUAAAGCUUGUCAUCUAAAUUUACCUUAAUGCUUCCAAUUGAUGAAAUUGUUUCACUUGAGUGCUAGUUUGGUUAUUCAUGGCAAUGUCUAAGCUGUUUGUAGUUACGCAUAUUUUUAUACUUCUAAAUUGCCAUGAUGGUAAUUGUGAACUGAUAUCAUGCAUGUGGUGUCCAAGUACUCUAGUUACUCUGAAUCGUAUUAGAAAAUGCAUAAAUAAUUGGCCUUUCAAUAAAUUCAUAUUCAAUUCUA